CUGAGUUCAUUCACUGGGAUUGGUUUCAAGUGACGCCAUCUCUUUUUUUUAAACCAAUGACCUCAUCCGCGCUUGAAGUUUCCUGACCAGCGACUCUUUCUCUCUCCCCAACCCCCACCCUGCCCCCCCUGUCCCCUCCUGCGGGUAUCACCGUUUGGGGGGGCUUCCAUCCCAUUUUCCACCAUUUAUUCUCCCCCUCUCCGCUUUUUCCAGCGCGGACCCCCAACUUUACCUCCUCAACUCCUUCAUCCCUGUCGACAUUUUUUUUUUCCUUUCCCUUCUUCUCUCCUUUUCGGGGGGCGGUGGAAGAGAAAGUGAAGAAAAGUUGCAAACGCCCGGGCUCUCGCUAAGCUCUCCGCCCACCCCUCAGAGUGGAAGCCGCGGCGGCGAGGAGGACGCGCGAGCGAGUGAGCGAGGAGCGAGCGACGGCCGGGCGGCGACGCGGUGACAACGCUUGCUGCCCUCCGAGCGAGCCUGGAGCCUGGCGGCCCCUCAAGUUGUCAGUCCAGUGUGAAGCUGCGGAGUGAGGGAGCAAAGGUAAAGGAUGAUGUAAUGGCCUGGCUGCCCUAAAGCAUCUUUUGUUGUGGAUGGCUAUUCCCGUCAUCUCUUUAUGAAUCAAAUGUGAGGGGCUGCUUUGUGGAAGGAGUCCUGUGCAAGAGCGUAUCGACAGGAAAGAGAGACAUUCAGCUGGAGGGCUCUUGCUGAAAUGGGUUUAACUCUGUGUUGCCAGUCACCACUAGCCUGACCUCAUACAUUCUUAACAAUGGAGUGGCUGAGCCUUUGAGCACACCACCAUUACAUCAUUGGGGCAAAUUAAAGAACGAGGUGGGAAAAGAGGACUUAUUGUUGUCAUGGCCCAUGAGAUGAUUGGAACUCAAAUUGUUACUGAGAGGUUGGUGGCUCUGCUGGAAAGUGGAACGGAAAAAGUGCUGCUAAUUGAUAGCCGGCCAUUUGUGGAGUACAAUACAUCCCACAUUUUGGAAGCCAUUAAUAUCAACUGCUCCAAGCUGAUGAAGCGAAGGUUGCAACAAGACAAAGUAUUAAUUACAGAACUUAUCCAGCAUUCUGCAAAACAGAAGGUUGACAUUGAUUACAACCAGAAGGUGGUAGUUUAUGACCAGAGUUCCCAAGAUGUUGCCUCUCUGUCGUCAGACUGCUUUCUCACUGUCCUCCUGGGUAAACUGGAGAAGAGCUUCAGCUCUGUCCAUCUGCUUGCAGGUGGGUUUGCUGAGUUCUCUCGUUGUUUCCCUGGCCUCUGUGAAGGAAAAUCCACUCUAGUCCCUACCUGCAUAUCUCAGCCUUGCUUACCUGUUGCCAACAUUGGGCCAACUCGAAUUCUUCCCAAUCUCUAUCUUGGCUGCCAACGAGAUGUCCUCAACAAGGAACUGAUGCAACAGAAUGGGAUUGGCUAUGUGUUAAAUGCCAGCAAUACAUGUCCAAAGCCUGACUUCAUUCCUGAAUCUCACUUCCUGCGAGUGCCUGUGAAUGACAGCUUUUGUGAAAAAAUUCUGCCCUGGUUGGACAAGUCUGUGGAUUUCAUAGAGAAAGCAAAAGCUUCCAAUGGCUGUGUGCUGAUACAUUGCUUAGCUGGAAUCUCUCGCUCUGCCACCAUUGCUAUUGCCUACAUCAUGAAGAGGAUGGACAUGUCUCUAGAUGAGGCUUACAGAUUUGUGAAAGAAAAAAGACCUACCAUAUCGCCGAACUUUAAUUUUCUGGGCCAACUCAUGGACUACGAGAAGACUAUUAAGCAGACUGGAAUGUCAGGGCCAAAGAGCAAACUCAAGCUGCUGCACCUGGACAAAUCCAGUGAAUCUGCAGCCUCGGAGGGCGGAUGGAAGAGUGCGCUGUCUCUCAGUCCACCCUGUGUCAGCUCUACCUCAGAGGCAUCAGGGCAAAGGCUUGUGCAUCCUGCCAGUGUGCCCAGCUUACAGCCGUCACUCUUAGAGGACAGCCCCCUGGUACAGGCGUUCAACGGGCUCCAGCUGUCCUCAGAGAAGCUGGAAGACAGCAAUAAGCUCAAGCGCUCCUUCUCUCUUGAUAUCAAGUGUGUUUCGUAUUCGGCCAGUGUGGCAGCAUCUUCCCAUGGCUUCUCGUCAGAGGAUGCUGUGGAGUACUACAGGCCUUCUGCCACACUGGAUGGGACCAGCAAGCUUUGCCAGUUCUCCCCCGUACAGGAGGUAUCAGAGCAGACUCCAGAAACCAGCCCAGAUAAGGAGGAGGCCCACGUUCCCAAGCAGCCCCAACCCACCAGGCCUUCAGAGAGCCAGAGCAAGCGAUUGCACUCAGUGAGAACCAGCAGUAGUGGGACCACCCAGAGGUCCUUCUUCUCACCACUGCAUCGGAGUGGGAGUGUCGAGGACAAUUACCACACCAACUUUCUUUUUGGCCUUUCCACCAGCCAGCAACACCUCACCAAGUCUGCUGCAGGGCACGGUCUCAAGGGCUGGCACUCAGAUAUUCUGGCGCCCCAGUCCUCUGCCCCCUCCCUGCCCAGCAGCUGGUAUUUUGCCACAGAGCCCUCCCACUUCUACUCCGCUUCCGCCAUCUACGGCGGCAACACCGGUUACUCUGCCUAUAGCUGUAGCCAGCUGCCCACUUGCACUGACCAAGUCUAUUCUGUUCGCAGGCGGCAGAAGCCCAGCGACAGAGCUGACUCGAGACGCAGCUGGCACGAAGAGAGCCCCUUUGAAAAGCAGUUUAAACGCAGAAGCUGCCAGAUGGAAUUCGGAGAGAGCAUCAUGUCAGAGAACAGGUCGAGGGAGGAGCUAGGCAAAGUGGGCAGUCAGUCUAGCUUUUCAGGCAGCAUGGAAAUCAUUGAGGUUUCCUGAGAAGAAAGACCCUUGUAACUUCUGAUGAUGUUUUGUUUUGUUUUUUGUUCACAAAAAAAUAUUCCCUGUAAAUCUGAAAUAUGUAUAUGUAUAUACAUAUAUAUUUUUGGAAUAUAGAGCUACGGUGUAAAAGCAAAAGAUGGAUCAACAGAGUUAUUCUCUCAGCACCUGCACUGAGAGCAGCUAAUUCUCUCAGAAGAGUGGAAGGGUAGAUGUUAGGAUUCCCCCAGCCAGGAGAAGAGAUUUUGUUCAGUGAAUUGCACAUCUUGUUCCUACAAAAGCGAGGGUUUUUGUUUUUGAUGUUAGAGGGCAAAAUCUCUCCUAUUUUCAUGUGCAACAGAGAUCUUCAGAACUCACCUCUGUCCGGGCCCUUCCCUGUGCACCUUAGCGCUGAGACUGAGCCAGCUGUGGGUCGGGGGAAAGACCCUCUUAGGGACAGACCCUAGUGGUAAGUCCAAGAGCAAUGAUCCUGUCCAAAGCUGAGUCAUAAAUUCAAGCUUGAUUGGCAGCUGAAGGACACGAUCAUCAUUCUGCUGGAUGAACUAUUAGGAGCCCUGCCCAGAUCUACUCAACCAAUCCAGUACCUCAGACAGGACAUUUGGGGCCAUCACCACUACCAUGUCUAGGAGCCCGUUUUCUAGGCAUUGUGAAUAAAUAACUUAUCACUUUCCAGACAAAUUCAUACCAUCUGUGCACAAAAUCCCAGUGUGCCUGGAUGGGCAGCUGCCAUUGUACCCUUCUUCUCAGCUUCAGAAGAGGGGAAACCAACUAGAGUUCAGCAUAGCUAGAGACUGCGCAGUCAGGUAGCUUAGAGACUUAAGCCAGGGAUGGGACAGCAAACAUUUGAUUAUAAUAAUCAAAGAAUUAUCUAAAGUGGGGUUGUUAAUCCUUAAAUCGACCACAGACUUGGGUUAGAGAUAAAUGUGAAUCACUGGGCUGGUUAGCAGAGUGACAGCGCCCUCGGGUCCUCAGCCAGAACAGAUGCUUUUCAGUUCUGUCUCAUGGCACACAGGAAGAUUCGAGAAGGUAAAACUUGAAGCAGGAAACAAAUUUCCUUGGUGUCUUUUUUUUUCCUGUAGUAUGCAAUAAGGGUACUAUUUCUAGAAUCAUCUUAGACUUCCAGACUUACCAUGGGCUUUGGCAAGCAAGACCUAUUCAGAAUAAAACAUACUACGAAAGUCACAAAAGGGUUGUUGGAUUUUGUUUAGUUGUGAAUGCAGGAGGGCUGUCCCAGCAGGCUGAGGAAGGGCCAUGUCAGAUGGAGGACCACUGUUGUUUCUGUCUCUGGCGGACAAUCACCAUGUGGACGUAAUCCUGGCAGCAGAGAACAGAAGGUAGUAAGAACAAGUGUGCACAUGAUCGUGCCUAUCUGCCUUUCAGCUCCCUGGCUUGAGUUUUAUCUUCCAGAGUACAGUCCUUCUCAAGGCCUUAAUUCACGUCAGCAGGGUAUGGGUGGGGCAGGUACGGUCAUUGUUCUUUACUGUAAGUGUAGCAGGGGCUGACUCAUGUCUCAGGUUUUUCUGUUUGUGAAAUGGACAGUCCUUUGACUAGGAUGUGACUUAAUGUUUCCUAUAGUGAUUGCUAAAACCAGCAUAGAAUGACAUGGUUCGAAGCUGACGGGCUUGAUCAGGAGGAUUAUAGUCCUCAUGGACGUCCUGUACAGAUAAGCUGUGUCUGGACACAGACGAAGGCAGAACACUGCACGGGGAACAGGUUGCCACUCUGUGGAGGUUCUGUUCAGCAAUCUGUGUUUUUGAUAUACAUCAAAAUCUCUUAUGUAAUCAGAAGUUCUCAAUGCUUCACAGUAAAUUUUGAUACACACACUAAAUGCGUAAGAGCCCACCCUCUUAAAAUCUGCUCACGCUGGUAAGACAUAAUUUAAACAUGAAAGCAGCAGCUCCGUCAUUCCGGAUCUGGGUGGUGCGCUGCCUCUGCCAUGUCAUGUAGGGCUCUCUGGGCCAUGGUCCUUUCUGUGUAGUGACAGUCAUUCUCUGCAGCUGUCAGUCUUCAUCACUAAUGUCAUCUUAUCUGACGUUGGGGUCACAACUGCCGCACUGAAAGGGCUGCCUAUGUGGCGCACCGUGGGUGGUGUGGUGUUGGCUCUCGUGAGCACAGGGAAGCCUGGAGUCUUCUGCAGAUGCAGAGCAGUGACUUUAAUGAGCAAAACUAGACUCUGAGAAAUGCUGGAACCGUUGAGACCGUGUGCAAAGUCAGAGUGGAAAGACUGUAUAAAUGUGUAAUAUGAAUAUAGUGUUGUGUGGAGUAAGGCAAGCUGCUGAAUGGUUCGGUUGUGCAUUUCUCGUUUUGAUGUCGCGUAUGUUAAUAUGAUGAAAUAAAAUUGAAACUGGUACCU